AUUUCCAAUGUUCCAAAACUUGAGAUGCUGAAACUAUUCCUAGCUCCAGUAAAGCUCAGGCCUUUCUGCAACUCAGCUAUUAUUAAGCUUCAAACUAAACUUCACUUGAUCAAUCAACCCAUAAAGCAUUAUUCUUUACUUCCCAGAAUAGAUUACACAUGUAACCAACAUGUUUCCAGGUCAAAUAAGAUUAUUUCCAAGCUAAGUAAAGAGGGUCAGGUUGAUGAAGCGAGGAAGUUGUUUGACAAAAUGCCUGAACCAGAUGUCGUAUCAUGGACAGCGAUGAUUUCGGGUUAUAUAAGAUGUGGGAACAUUGAUAAAGCAAGGGAAUUGUUUGACAGGACUGAUGCAAUGAGAGAUGUUGUUACUUGGACAGCUAUGCUUGCUGCUUAUGCGAAGGCGAAUCGGAUUCUUGAGGCUGAGAUGCUUUUCAAUGAAAUGCCUGAGAAGAAUGUUGUUUCUUGGAAUAGUAUGAUUGAUGGGUAUGCAAGAAAUGGUAGAAUCGAUGAGGGUUUGGAAUUGUUUAGGAAAAUGGGAGAGAAAAAUGUGGUUUCUUGGAACAUGGUUAUAGCAGGAUUGGUUCGGAACGGGCGGAUCAACGAGGCAAGAGAGUAUUUUUAUCAGAUGCCUGAGAAGAAUGUGGUGUCUUUUACUACAAUGAUAGUAGGGUUGUCGAGAAAUGGGAAAGUCGAUGAGGCUAGAGUACUUUUUGAUAGGAUUCCCGAGCGGAAUGUGGUUUCCUGGAACGCGAUGAUUACUGGGUAUACACAAAACUUGAGACUUGAUGAAGCGUUUGAACUGUUUGAGAUGAUGCCAGAGAAGACUGUGUCUUCGUGGAAUACAAUGAUCAUGGGCUUGAUAAAAAAUGGGGAACUAAGCAAGGCUAGAAUAUUGUUUGAUAAAAUGAGGCAGAGAGAUGUCAUUUCUUGGUCAACGAUGAUUAGUGGCUAUGUGUUAGAGGGGAGAAGUGAAGAAGCGCUGAGAAAUUUCUGCGAUAUGCAAAUGGAUGGUUGGGUGACACCAAACGAAGGGACUUUUGUGAGUGUUUUGGGUGCUUGCAGUGACUUAGCUGGUCUUAGUGAAGGAAUGCAAAUUCACCAAGUAAUUAACAAAACAAUUUAUCAGGAGAAUGAAGUGGUUAUAUCAGCACUUAUAAAUAUGUAUUCAAAAUGUGGAGAUGUAGUAACUGCAAGGAAAAUAUUUGAUGAUGGCUUGAGAGGCCAGAGAGAUUUGAUCUCUUGGAACGUUAUGAUUGCAGCUUACGCUCACCAUGGGUGUGGAAGAGAGGCAAUCAAUCUCCUCAAAGAAAUGCUGCAAAUGGAAUUUAAACCAAAUGAUGUGACUUAUGUCGGAUUGCUUGCUGCCUGCAGCCACUCGGGCUUGGUGGAGGAAGGGUUAAAGUACUUUGAUGAGCUUUCUAGAGAUGAUUCGAUAAAAUUGAGAGAAGACCAUUAUACAUGCCUUGUAGAUCUAUGCGGUCGAGCAGGGAGACUCAAAGAGGCAUUGGAAGUUAUCGAACGACUUCCAAGAACAGAAUCAGCAUUCAUUUGGGGUGCUCUUCUUUCGGGUUGUAAUCUUCAUGGUGAUUCAGAAACAGGAAAAUUGGCUGCAAUUAAACUGUUAGGGGUCGAAGCAAAAAGUUCGGGGACCUAUUUGUCGUUAUCGAAAUUGUUUGCUUCGAAAAGGAAGUGGAAAGAAGCUGCAACAGUGAGGACACAAAUGAAGGACAGAGGAUUGAAGAAGCAACCAGGCUGUAGCUGGAUUGAAGUUGGGAACAGAGUUAAUGUAUUUUUAGUUGGUGAUACAUCUCAUUAUGAAACUGAGGUUAUUCGCUCAGUACUUGGAAUCCUUCAUAUGAAAAUGAAAAGGAGGGGUUGUGCACCAAUAGAUGAUUUUGCAAUGGAAGAAGAAUGUCCUAUCAUCUACUAAGUUUUUGUUUCCUCCUCUUCUUUCACUGUUCAAGUUUUGAAUAUCACUACUAGUAUUUUUCUCCUAAGAUAGACUGUCUUUUACAAAUGUUUUUUUAGUUAUAUGAUUCCCUAUAUUGUAAUGGUAGGUACACUGGUACCCCAUUUUUGGUUCAUCCAGGGCACAAAGAGGGACGUGUUGGGCAUUGCUCAUUGUAAGAAAGCACUGAUGACUUUUUGUAAGUGAUCAAUAACACAAGAAAUUUGUAGAUAAAACAAAGAA